AAAGACAACACCUUAAAAAGCCACCACGAAUUGAUUCAAAGGGAAGUUUCUGGAAGACGGAGAAUAAUGGCUUCAACUGCGGGCUCCAGUUCGUUCUCGCCGUAUAGGGUUGACGGGAAAUUGUAUGGAUUUGUCUGCGUGGUGACGGGAGCAUCACAGCCGGUUGGCAAGGCCGUUGUAUCUGAACUCGCUGCACACGGCGCAGCUUGUAUAUACGCGUGCACGUCAUCCCCAACCGACGAACCUAUCGAUGACCUAACAGAGUCCCUCAAAACCGAGCACCCAAACACAAAAGUGAUUCCCUAUCCAUACAACACGACAUCAGAAGAGGCAACGCUGGUGCUCAUUGAUGACAUCCUCAAUCAAUGGGGUCGACUGGACAUCUGGGUAUCCUCAACUGGGCUCCUUGGUCCACCGUCCAUCACGAGCACGAGCCCCAAGGACUUGUACGCAGCAUUCGAGACCAACGCUAUGCCUGCCUUCUUUGCGCUCAAGUACGCGCCCGCCGCAAUGCAGAAGACAACGCCCAAAGGCAACUACGCAAAUGCAGCGCCCAAGGAUAUGUCGUACGGUUCCAUCAUCAUCGUGUCGAGCGUGGCGGGGACAUACGGUGGCUGCUGGGGCCCUGCCUUUACCAUGUCGAGCCACGCGGCGCUCGGUGUGGUGCGGUCGGGGGUCGCGGUACUGAAGGGGACAGGAGUGCGCAUCAACGCAAUUACUGCGGGUCAGAUCGAUGUUGGGGUUGACCUCAAAGGCGCAGGAAUAAAAGAGAUGGAGCAGGGCCAGUUCCCACCGAGUAGUUUGCAGAGCGAGGAGGUACAGAAGAGGGCAAUUGGGUUAGAGAGGGCAGGGAGGCCUGGUGAAGUAGGAAAAGUGGCGGGAUUUUUAGCAAGUGGGUUUUCGUCUUAUAUAACAGGAGCGGAGAUCAGAGUGGAUGGAGGAGCGAGUGUUAUGAAUCCAUUGACGGUGCCGGUUUGA